AAUGGAAAUCAGCUCCAAAAAUUUGCUUCUUCUGUGAUCAAGAGGGUCAUAUUAAGAAGGAUUGAGAGAUCAAUAAGCAGCCCACCACAAAAGACCCCUGUAUUAUCUUUGCAGGAAGAACUAACAAUAACUGAAGUACAAGAGGAACUUCCAAAAAAAAACAUUCCUGUUCCAAACUUGGAAGAAAUUCCCAAGGAGAAUACUGAAAACCUAGCUAAUCUUGAUACAAUGAUAAUAUAUACAGAAGAGGUAACUAAGAAGAAUGAUGAAACUGAUGACAAGCUAAAAUCUCUCUACAUCCAAGAAGAGGCUUUUGCUCAAUAA